UUCUGUUUUUUUUUUUGUAAAGACAGAAGCACGCAUUUUGAUCCACAGCUCCUUCCACAGGCUGCCCGUGGGUCACUCCUGCCUGAGAGAGAGACAGAGACAGAGCUCUGGGAGAGUUUAAGCAAGUCAGAGGAAGCAGAGAAAAUAAGUUUAACAGGGCAUCUGCACAGCAAUGAAAAAAAAACUUUAACAGCAAAAUCGAGUGUGCAUGCAUGCAGGAUUUAAAGAACUCGUAAAGGACUGUAAUACAGUGUUGCAGGCAGUGUCAGAUUUAAAUAACUCGUAAAGGACUGUAAUACAGUGUUGCAGGCAGUGUCAGAUUUAAAUAACUUGUAAAGGACUGUAAUACAGUGUUGCAGGCAGUGUCAGAUUUAAAGGAUGCAAUUGUCUUGCAUUGGUGUGAGCCUGCUGAUUGCAUGUGUCUCAGCAGCCUCCUCGGGGGGCAGUGCCCAGCGUGGAGGGGCGGAUGGCAGUCGCAGGAGGCUGCACCGGGUGCAGCACGGGCAGUGCAGCUACACCUUUGUGCUGCCCGAGCUGGAGAACUGCAGGGGGGCGCAGGACCAGUAUGGCAGCAGAAACGCCCUGCAGAGGGAUGCACCCUCCGCGGAGAACCCACUGCACAAGCUGCAGCACCUGGAGCACGCCAUGGAGAACAACACUCAGUGGCUGCAGAAGUUGGAGAACUACAUCCAAGAGAAUAUCAAAACGGAGAUGGUGCAGAUCCAGGCGACUGCGGUGCAGAAUCAGACAGCCACCAUGCUGGAGAUUGGCACAAACCUGCUGACAAGAACCGCAGAGCAGACACGCAAACUCACAGACGUGGAGGCACAGGUUAUGAACCAGACCUCCAGGAUUGAAAUCCAGCUGCUGGAGAACUCGCUGUCUACAAACAAACUGGAGAAACAACUUUUGAUGCAGAUCAAUGAUCUUUCUAGACUCCACGACAAAAACAGCGUUUUGGAAAACAAAGUCUUGGAGAUGGAGUCAAAACACCGGUCAGAACUGGAUGUUAUAAAAACAGAGAAGGAGAAGCUGGGGCAGCUCGUGGCUCGCCAGAUGAACACCAUCGAGGGCUUGGAGAAACAACUUCACUUCGCCAGCAACAACAACAGUGUCCUUCAGAAACAACAACUGCAGCUCAUGGACUCGGUGCACGCCCUCGUCAGCCUGGUCUCGCAGGGGAGAGUAUUUCCGAAGAAGGACGAGAGGACUUUCCGAGACUGUGCAGAGGCCUAUAAAGCUGGCCUCAACGUCAGUGGGGUCUAUACGGUACGGAUCAGCAAUGCCACUGAGCCAACCAAGGUUUUCUGUGACAUGGACACCAGUGGCGGGGGGUGGACUGUGUUUCAACGCAGAGUCAACGGCAGUGUGGAUUUUCAGCGCACCUGGAGAGAAUAUAAAGGGGGUUUUGGCGAUCCCUCCGGUGAAUACUGGCUGGGAAAUGAGGCUGUCUAUCUGCUCACCAGCCAAGCCUCGUAUUCAUUGAGGAUCGAGCUGAAGGACUGGGAGGGAAACCAUCCCUACUCGCAGUACGAGAGGUUUCAGCUUGGGAGUGAGAAGCAGCACUACAGGCUGUUUCUGAAGGGGUACAGUGGCACUCCCGGCCAGCAGAGCAGCCUCGUCAUCCAGGGCACCAGCUUCAGCACCAGGGACUCCGACAACGACAACUGCCUCUGCAAGUGUGCGCUCAUGUUAACAGGGGGUUGGUGGUUCGAUGCCUGCGGGCUCUCAAACCUGAAUGGCAUGUACUACCCUGCCGGGCACAACAUCAGGAAACUAAACGGCAUCAAGUGGCACCACUUCAGAGGCCCGAGCUACUCCCUGCGAGCAACCACCAUGAUGAUCCGGCCCUCGGAUUUCUGAUUGCAGUCGUGAAGCUGGGACACAUUGCAGCUGCUGUGCUGAGCUCCAUGUGCAGAGACUGGCAUUGAUUUCUGAUUGCAGUCGUGAAGCUGGCACACAUUGCAGCUGCUGUGCUGAGCUCCAUGUGCAGAGACUGGCAUUGAUUUCUGAUUGCAGUUGUGAACCUGGCACACAUUGCAGCUGCUGUGCUCAACUCCAUGUGCAGAGACUGGCAUUGAUCAGUGUGCAGCACCUCCAGCAGCAGGAGCUGCAAGAACGACUGCCUUGUCCAGGAACAGGAACCAGUCAGCCUGUUCCCUUCAAAAAAUACAUGAAUAUCUCCCGCCACGGCCCAUUAAGCCAGACCAAGCAGAGAUCUGAUUCAUCGCUGAAGUCAUCAGUGAACAAUAUGCCUUCAGGACCUGGGGCUCGGGCGAAGGGUUUUUUGAUUAAAGCGUCAUUUGUUUUUUUGUGUGUGUGUGAUGGAACAGAAAGCAGACCUGUUAUACAUUGCUCAAGGUUUGUCAGGGUAGCACCUCGUAAACCUUAAUCAAGCAGUAAAACGUGUUUCAGCUGUCGACAGACUUGUGUUCUUCUGAUCGCUGUGUGAAUAAUCCCAGACAUGGCCACAGACUGUUUGCUUUUACUUGUGCUACUGACGAUAUAUAUAUAUAUAUAUAUAUAUAUAUAUAUAUAUAUAUAUAUAUAUAUAUAUAUAUAUAUUGUAAUAGAUAUGCAUACAAGUUUUUAUCAUUGAUAUAUUUUAGUUUAUUUGCGACAGGGUUGACAAUGCAAGUAGAUAUUCAGUGAGCACGCUGUUUUUUCCCUUCUUUUAUUAAUGUUCAGGAUGUAAGCAUGCUUUUUGGAUUGCUGAUCACUUAAAGGCAUUAGCAGUGGCGGAGGUGCACAAGUCGCUCAAGUAUGCAGGGUUAUUCACUCCACAUUAUUGCUGUACAGCACACAAAUCCACACACUCAGUUAAGAAUUCAGUAUUUCUUUUUACUGAUCUGUAUUAUUAUUAUUAUUAUUAUUAUUAUUAUUAUUAUUAUUAUUAUUAUUAAGAUUUACUUGUUUAAGAUUUACUUCCAAGAUUACAUUGCAUGAUAAAUGCUCAUCUAAUAUGUAGUUAAACUGCAUCGUUGUGUUCAUAGUUUCUUUUUAUAAAUGUCUCAUUAGGUACAGUGUUUAUUGUAAUGUACACAAUCUUUGACAUUAGUAACAGUAAUGUUUUUUUUUUUUCUCACUUAAAAAUAUAAUAAUUCCAAAUGUUGCCUGUGCAUGAAUGUCAGCAUCACUGCUGUACAGUGCUGUAGUGACACAUGCCAUUUUCAAAUGAUUAUUGAACUGGUGCUGCUGUGAUAGUCUGAAGUGCUGGACUUGAAUUCCCGAUGGACGUCUUUGUGCUAGUUUUGUGAUUUGGGUUUGGGGUGUUUCAUUGAGGCAGGUUUGUACAGAUUGCACUUUAGAACUGGAGCGAAGAGCCAGACUUCUUUGUGUUGUGAAAUCUAAUGAAGAUUGAAUGGAACUAAAUGGAAACGACAUUUUGAAAUGAAUGUUACAUGCAAUAGAAAGUUCACGUGCAGUAUAAUUACAGCUUUCCAUUCACUAUGUUUCAGUUGUUGAUUUUUUUUGUGGGUGAUACCAGUUAAAGUCACUGUUUAAAAUAUAUAUCUUUUUUUCUUUCAUUUCUUUGAUACAAUGUUGGUUCUGGUUAACCUUCACUCAUGGGCUGCUCUGGGGUCCCGCUGUGAGGGUUCUUGUUUUAAACACUAAUGUGUUGGUUCAUCAACGCUGAAGCUUGGAUCUGUGUGUUCUAAGAACUACCUGGAAUACCGCCAGCCAAAUCGCAUUCUUCAAGUUAAACAGCAUGACUUCUGAGCAAAGCAACGACUCUCUCCACAUGCGUGUCUUUAAUAAUAUAAACCCAAAUGUAAUGUUUUACUGUAAAACUAUAAGGAACCUUUUUUCAACGUUAUAAUGUUGCUCCUUAUUAAUUACAAUGUAUUUUUUUAAAAGAAAAAAGUAUUAUAAAUAAAUAAACAUGGUGUGGGUUUUUAUGGCGGUUUUUAUUUUUUUAUUUUUGGUUCUUGUACGGCUGCUACACAUUUGAGGGAAAGAAAGAAAGAAAGAAAGAAAGAAAGAAAGAAAGAAAGAAAGAAAGUAUACCGUCCCCUGGGUCCACGUCCGGAGAGGUUUCUAAUAAAUUCUGAGAAGC